AUGCCACGUGUUUAUGUGGAGUCAUCCGAGGAAAUCCCCCCUCAACCUCCCACUUCUACCACCGAACAAGGUUCUUCCGCCCCCGCCGAUCCCAACGAGGUCAAAGAACAAGCUGAAAAGCUUGUGGGAGAGGGUAAGAAAGCCAUAGCGCUCAAACAAUGGGAAGAAGGUGUCAACAAGUAUGGAGAAGCUUUGGAUCUCAUGCGUCAGCUCGUUGGAGAAUUUGAUCCAGUCAUGGCACCUUUGUUGCUAAGUUAUGGGAAAGCACUGUAUGAAUUGGCAUUCUCACAACAGGGUGUGAUGGGUAAAGAAGAAGGAUCGAAAGAGGCUGAUGAAGCUGUCCGACAAGGUACAUUGGAAGAGGCACCUUCGAAAAAUGGUAAUUUCGUGUUUUCAGCAGAUCCCUCAUCCGAUAACGAAGAAGAAAAUCAAGAUGCUGGACCAAGUACUAGUCCUCAGCCUGACGAGGGAGAAGGAGAAGCAGAGGACGAACCUGAAGAUGAUUAUAAUGCCGCGUGGGAAGUAUUAGAUGUAGCUAGGACGAUAUACCAAAAGAUCGUUGAAGGGAAGUCGGACGGGGAAGAGGGGGUGAGGGAAGAUAAGUUGAAUUUGGCAGAUUGUUAUUUGGCUUUAGGGGAUGUAUCUUGUGAGACGGAAAAUUUCCCUCAAGCUGUCCAAGAUUACACCUCCGCUCUUUCAAUCCAAUCUACACUCUUACCCCCCUCAUCCAGAAUCUUAGCUUCGACGCAUUACCAACUAGCCACUGUCCUAGAGUUUACACCCAAUAAACAAACCGAGGCUCUAUCUUAUGUUGAAAAAGCCCUAGAUGGAUUCAAAUUACGUCUAUCAGAGUUGAAAUCCACGGCAGAGGAGAUGGUAUCAGAAGAAGUGAAAAAGUUGAAUGAGAAAGAAAAGGAAAAAGAAAUUAAAGACGUUGAGAAUCUGAUUGAAGAUUUGAAUGUCAAGAUUGAAGAAUUGAAAUCGACCUCGGUGAACGAGACGAACGAUUUGAUCUCACAAAGUAUAAAUCACCUUUUGGGUCAACCUGAAUCGGACCAGUUUGGUAGUUCUUCUUCGACAACGAAAGAUAGCGGACCUGUAAAUGACCUCACAAGUAUGGUCAAGAAGAAGAAACCUAAAACCACCAAUGUGCCCAAGAAUGUAGAAGAGGUGAAACAAGCGGUGAACGAGAUGGUCAAUAAUGCUCAACCGUUAGUGGAACAGACCAACCAAUCGGUUAUAGAACCUGCUUUGGAGAAAGGUAAAGAGGUUGUUGAUCUGGCUGGACAGAAAUUGGGUGAGGUGGUGAGCAGUGCAGCAGAGGGCUUGCUGGCUGCUGGGGAAGGGUUGAAGAGGGAUAAUGAGGGUGAGGAAGAAGAGGGAAGGAAAAGUAAGAAAGCGAAGACUGAGUAA